AGAUGAAUCGAAGAACUGACCACGGCUAUGUUCAUCCAUGUCUAACUCCAUCCUGCUCCUGCAGGCCUCAGGAGUAUAAAUCGACCCUCCACUGCUAUAGGAGGGGCAAAGCAAAAAUGUGUGUCCAGAGGGGUAGAAACCCCCCAGGCAUCUUGGAUGGGCUCUACGGCAUACAGAUUGCUCGUCGACCGCCGCAGACACAGUGCGAAGGUGAAGCCGUCCGGACCACCUUCACCGAUUCGCCAACUUGUGAACACCAAAACGGCGGUGGAGCAGUCGCGCAACGACAUCAAAGACUGCAGAUACGACGACUGUGGCAGCAAAGGCCCUCAUGCUUGAAGCCUAUCCACUGUAGCAUUACAUGUGACAAGCAUGCUGGUGAAACUUUUGCAAAUGUUGUCACCUCUCUGCCCUUCAUCAUCCUUGGACUGCAUACACCAAGGAAGAACUUGAACGCUGCCAUCUACGCUAACUCGCUGGUUGGAGUAGGAAUAGCUUCAGGCCUGUAUCAUUCCUCCAGAGGAGAAAUCAGGAAAAUCCUGCGAUGGGCCGACUAUACUAUGAUCGCCACCACUACGUUGGUGAGUCAUAUUUUCUCACUGAAACGUUGUUCAGUUAUCGAAAUUUGCACAUCAUGGCAAACAUAUAUGCUUUCUAUGCAGUGUUUAUCCAGGGCAGUCAGGAAUGAGAACCCAGGACUACUGAUGGCAGCAUCAACAUUGCUGCUGCCGUUUCAGCCUUUCAUGGUUUCAGCUGUCCACACCGGGAUGAUGGAGGUUUCCUUCGCAAAGAGAGCAUCAGUUGAACCAGAGCUCAGAACGGUACAUAACCUGCACAAGAUGUCAUCUCUUUUGGGAGGUGCGCUGUUUAUUGCCGACGAUUACUUCCCAGAGACACCCUAUAUCCAUGCUGCAUGGCAUCUUGCUGCUGCUAUUGGCAUUGGCACAUGCAAUAAGCUUCUCGGGUGACACUGGAACCAACCCUGCUGCUACCAACGAAUAGUUGAUUUCAGUUUAUCCAGAAGGAGUUAGAUUCAGCAACUAUCAACUUGCCGAUAUAAAAAAACAGUGUACAGAAUAGGUUACAUAGAGGAGCAUUGUUCAAAUUGAGAACAGAAGACUGCUUUCGUAUCUCUCAGAAAGAUUUAGCAAAGAAAAUGAGACGAACUAGGUAAGCUUGUGCAUGUAGUUCUGCUAUGAUUUUCAAUUGGUGUUUAAUUAUUACUGUGACAGCAGGCUGGGCUGUCAUGACACUUUUUCCUACAAAAAUGAAUUAAGAUGGACAGAGAAGUUUACGCUUCAAA